GUCCUCCAUCUCGAUCAAACUUAAUUUCUCCACCGUUCUCAGCUACUUUGCUCCUCUGAAAGUUAGGGAUUGCGGCAAACAGGAAUGGGAUUGCAAAAUUAGCCAGAAACGUAGAAGGGUAUCGCGCUCGACCGGCUAACAGGGUCCACAAGAAAGGACAUCCAAAGCGAUAAUUUGAAGGACACUACUGGGUUCGUUUCUUCGUUGGAGAGCUGCAACUACAAGAGGAAGUUGCGCCGUCUUCCACUGCAUUCGUUGCGCCAGUCGCCACCGUCUUCAUCUGAAGCAAUCGCAUAUUUCCAUUCUUUAUCUGGAGUGAGAAGUCGCUAGCUUUAAGCUCUCGACCGUGCAUAGCGUCGGUAACCACCUCAAUCUUGUCACCGCCGGUGGCCGCGAAUUUCUUAUUGGAAAUCUGUUGAUUUAAUCCGCGAUCCCUGAACUUAGGCCUGAUUUCAACUUUUUUGGACAAAUGGCUGGCACUGCGGAGAAAAGUGAUCAACUAUGUGAGGUUGCUCCUGUUGGCAGUGGGAUUGAAAAGAAGCAGGAAAGUCGCGAUGAACUGCUAGCCCGGCAUAGAAAGGAGACCGUAGAGCUGCAGAAUAAAGAAACUGAACUCAAGAAGGCAGCUGCAAAAGGGAGCAAGGCGGAACAGAAAGCCAAGAAGAAGGCAGUUGAAGAGGAAAUAUCCCGACUCUCUGCAAAACUCAAAGAGAAACAGGCGAAGGAGCUUGCUUCAUUAGGCUACGUCAGCAACACCAACGACAUCAAUGGCAAAAGCAAACUCGACAAUAUAGUGAUGGCCAUAGCUGGGGUUUCUGUCACCGAUCAGUCGGAGAACACUACUUCAAAGCGGAGCAAAAGUGGGAAAAGGAAGGAUAAAAGAGCUCAGCAAGAAGUCGAAAGAGAGAGGAGAAUUCAAGAAGAGCAGAGCAACCUCGUGAGCGAUCGUAUGAUCGAAGACGAGAGUUUGGGGAGGAAACUGGAGCCCCUUGGGCUGACUGUCAACGAAAUAAAACCAGACGGUAACUGCCUCUACCGGGCGGUAGAAGAUCAGCUAGCUCUCUUGUCUGGUGGGUCGUCUCCAUAUAACCACCAAGACCUGAGGAAAAUGGUGGCGGAUUACAUGAGGCAGAACUCAUCCGACUUCCUGCCAUUUUUCCUUUCGGAAAAUGCAUCAGCAGCAGCAGCAGAAGAUUCUUCUGACAGUUCACUAGCGGAUCGAUUCGAGAGUUACUGUGAAGAAGUCGAGUCUACAGCUGCGUGGGGCGGACAACUGGAGCUGGGAGCCUUGACUCACUGCUUGAAGAGGCCGAUCAUGAUCUAUUCAGGAUCCUUCCCUGAUGUGGAGAUGGGGCAGGAAUACAAAUCUGGUGGUGGAAAUGAGUUGUCGAAUGGUGAAAUCAUUAUGCUGUCGUAUCAUAAGCAUGCAUUUGGGCUCGGGGAGCACUACAAUUCCGUGGUUCCAAAUUUGAUUAGCUAGGUAUUGUUUGUACCAGUUGUAUUUGCAAAUUACAGGUCUCGGUUUUGGCUACAUACUUGAUAGACUUCAAUUUUUUCCAGCAUAUACCAGAAUUAACAUUUCAGUAUUAUUUGAUCACGGGUUGUUCUUUUUGGCUGUUACUUUUUUAUUUUAUUUUAUUUUAUGAAUGCUAGCUAGUA